AUGUAUAGAGCUGAAUUUGAAGCGGCAGAAAAAGUAUUUUCAUCUCGCUUCGUUAGCACUGUUUCUGGAAGUCUUCCAACUCAAUCCAAAGCCAUCGUUUACUCAAAACAUGGCCCUCCAGAGCAAGUUUUAAGUGUCAAGCAUAUUCCACUUGGUCCAUUAGGUCCAAAUAAAGUACUUGUCAAAAUUCUUGCAGCAUCAGUCAAUCCGGCAGAUAUUAAUGUGAUUCAAGGCACAUAUCCAGUAAAAACAUCAUUUGUAAAUGGCAUUGAUUUUGUUGGUGGAAAUGAAGGUGUAGGCCAAGUGAUUGCUGCUGGGGAAAAUGUUCAUACCGUAUCACCUGGUGACUGGGUCCUUCCCAUCACAAGAGCGAUAGGAUCUUGGCAGACAUAUGCAAUUGCUGAAUGCAACGAUCUGCUCAAUUUGGGACAGGUUGAAGGAGUUUCGCAUGUUUCUGCAGCCACUAUAUCUGUCAAUCCUCCAACUGCCUAUCGCAUGAUCAAGGAUUUUGCUCAGCUUCAGCCUGGUGAUGUGAUUAUCCAAAAUUCUGCCAAUUCUGGGGUGGGACAAGCCGUUAUUCAACUGGCCCAUGCAUGGGGAUUCAAGACUGUGAAUGUAGUUCGUAACAGACCUAAUCUGGAAGUGCUAAUUAAGCAGCUCAAAGACCUUGGUGCUGAUAUGGUGGUAACGGAAGAACAGCUACGUACUCCCGAAAUCAUGCGACAGAUUGCUGCAUUGGGACCAGCUCCAAAACUUGGAUUAAAUGGUGUUGGAGGGAAAAGCGCGACCAAUGUGGCUCGCCUUCUUGGACGCCAUGCUCAUUUUGUAACCUAUGGAGGCAUGUCCAAAGAACCAGUGGCUUUGCCCACCUCGUUAUUUAUUUUCAAGGAUAUCAAGUGUUUUGGAUUUUGGUUAAACGAAUGGUUUGAACUGCAUCCAUUUUCGCAACGCAAGCAACUGUUUACAGAAUUACUGGAUCUUGUUCGACAAGGGAAAUUAAAAGAGCCGACCCACGAGCUAUUUUCGCUUUCAACAAAAACCGAUGCAGAACUGACUUCAGCCAUUGGUGCGUCGUUGAGUGGGUUCCUUAACGGAAAAUUGGUCCUUGUUCCUUGA